AUGCUUCGUGCCAAGAGCAUUUUUACUAUGCUCGCCUUUACCUAUGGCGUUUCGGGGUCUACAAAUCAAGAAAACCGCCCAAGUAUAAAAUUGGGUAUACACUUUCUUUGCGAUACGUCGUUUCUGGCGUCCAGGAUGAAAGAGCCCUCUCCAAACUCUUCCCUUCUAACAUAUCUCAACGUGAUGUUGCACACGGUCGAAGUCUAUUUCAGAGAUCUUAAAUGCCCCGAGAUAGAACUCUACCUUGUCGGCUUGGACAAUGCGACAAAAGAAGAAGAAGAAACAUUCGAGGUCACCAAGACAUUAAAGCCGAACAUCAUUCACAUGGACGGACCAUUCACCCUGGCUUUGUUUCAAGAGUGGGUUGAAAAAAGUGACAAAUUCAACGAAAGCGAUAUUGUAAUCCUGCUCACCAAGCGGCGUAUUGUUGACUACAUUGGGUCCGAACUAUUUGGUUUAGCAGAAGGUGUUUCAUACCUGGAUGGAAUCUGCUCUCCUCUCAGUGUUGGUCUGGUGUAUGACACCGGUCGCGAUUUUUGGGGAAUAAGAUCGCUAAUUCAGCAGAUCGCACACCUUCUAGGCACACCCUGGGAUGAAGGUUACCAAGCACCUAGCUGUCUCGGCAAAGGGGGACACCUCAUGAGCAUCAGCUCUUUUAUUACCCUGUACCCCACGCUUUCGAACUGCACAAAAGACUAUCUUCUCCAGAAGUACCAAGAAAAUCUGGAUACCGAACCGUGCUGGAUGGAUACUCCAACACCAAUUGUAUCAAGAACAAACAACUUACCGGUGCACUAUUUUGAGAAAGAGGACUUCUGCAAGUCUGCACAACCUUGGUUCCCUGAGGGUCAAUAUUGCACGCAAGAUCAUCCUGCGCAGAAAAAGGCGUCGAUCUGCGAGGUUGCAUGUUGCAAGAACGAAACAGCUUUCAGAGGAUUCUACAAUUUAUCACCCGAUGGCAAAAAUUGCACAAGCGAAGAUGGUGGAGAUGGCAGAAAGGUUUGUAUGUUUCACAGUCUGCCUUCUUUCAAAAUGCGUUACGCGUUAAGUCGACCUGUGUCAAGCAUGAAAAACGAAUGGAUUCAUCAAGAAUAA